AUGGACGCCCCGCUUCCCGCUCGGACUACGGUGCGCGGAUUUCAGGGCACGCCUGUCACUUCGGGCGACGAAGAAGACAGCGACUAUGGCGUUGGGGGUUAUCACAGCGGCAAGACGGCUCACCGUCGUGGCCGCACGCAGCAGCAGCAGAUGCGGGCCAUCAACGACGUGGUCAGCACCAACUGCAGUCCCCAGCUGCGACCGUCGGGGUCGCCGGCCGUGAGCGGCAUCGCCAAGCUGCGCAUGCAGCUGGAGCCACUCAGCCUCGACACGUCAACCGCCUCGUCACGUGCCACGUCGCCUGUGCCAGCAGUCCGGACACACCGACUGCAGCCCCAGCGGCCGAGCGGCAGCAACGACAGCAACGACAGCAACGACAGCAACGCCUCCCGCACCCUGACGGGUGUCAGCAGCCGGAGCACCAGCCACGGCGGACUGUCGAGCAACACCAGCGACGACGAGGCCAGCCGUGACCGUGGCGACCGCACCGAUUCGACUAGCUAUGUCAUCCAGCUCGGAUCCGACUUUAUCAGCGAGAGCGCGCGCGAAGACGUGCGCUGGACGGCCCAAGACGCCCUCGCUGCGACUGGUCACCCCAAAGAAGCCGGCGCCGGUCCUGGUCGGGACUUGGACGACGACGACGACCCGCUCGCCAACUUUGAUGCUACGACCGGCACGAGCGUCGACGAGUACGCCAGCAAGGCGACGCCACGCGAACACGGCGUCCCUCCAGCCAAGAAGAUGACGGCCGACGACUUUGAGCCGCUGCGCUGUCUCGGCAAGGGCUCCUACGGCACGGUGCUGCUGGUGAAGCACAACGCCAACGGCCGGCUCUACGCGCAGAAGCAGUUCAAGAAGGCGUCGCUGGUGGUGCAUAAGAAGCUGAUCGAGCAGACCAAGACGGAGCGGCAGAUCCUCGAGUCGGUCAACCGCCACCCCUUUGUGGUCAAGCUGUUCUACGCCUUCCAGGACCGCGAGAAGCUGUACCUGAUCCUCGAGUACGGCCAGGGCGGCGAGCUGUUCACGCACCUCAGCGCCGAGCGCAUGUUUAGCGAGAGCACCGCCGGCUUUUACAUGGCCGAGAUGGUGUUGGCGCUGUCGCAUCUGCACGACACGCUGGGCGUGGUGUACCGCGACCUCAAGCCGGAGAACUGCCUGCUCGAUGCCGACGGCCACCUGCUGCUGACCGACUUCGGCCUGUCCAAGGUGGCGCUGCCGGGUGAAGGCGCGGCGCCGGGUGCCGACGACAGUGCGUGCUGCCACUCGAUCCUCGGCACGGUCGAGUACAUGGCGCCCGAGGUGGUGCAGGGCCAAAAGUAUGGCCGGGCUGUCGAUUGGUGGUCGCUGGGCGCGCUGGGCUACGACCUGCUGACGGGCAACCCGCCCUUUCGUGGCCGGAACAACGCCAAGAUCCAGGACAACAUUGUGCGCCAGAAGCUGGUGCUGCCGUACUUUCUCGGCCCGGAUGCCAAGGACCUGUUGACGCGGCUGCUGCAGAAGAACCCGCGCAAGCGCCUAGGCGCCAACAUGCCCAAGGAUCUGACCACGCUCAAGGGCCACCGCUUCUUCCGCAAGAUCGACUGGCAGCGUCUGGCCGCCCGUCAGAUGGAGCCGCCCAUCCAGCCGGUCAUUACCGAUCCUGAGCUGGCCGAGAACUUUGCCUCUGAGUUCACCGACCUGCCCAUGAGCCCGGUCGUCUCCACGGCCGACGGUCGCUGGGACCCGGCCUCACCGGGCGGCCUCGGCGGCGUUGGCCGGCCGGCUGGACGUGCCGGCAGCUUCAAGGACGACCCGUUUGGUGGCUUCAGCUUCGUGGCCAGCACUAGCCUGCUCAACGAGGCCAACUUUCCCCUGAUGGCUUGA